UUCUUGGCAUCCCUGUUGUUUUGUUUAUUAAACUACGAAUCUCAACAAAUUAACACUGAAUUAAAACCAAAAAAUAUGGAUAAAUUAACAACAAUUAGUGCAACAUUAUUUAUGGCAGCAGAUGUCUUUGCCAUAGUAAGUUUGGCUAUGCCCGAUUGGAUUGUGACGGAAGAGGCUGGUGACAUACGUCUUGGCCUAAUGUGGACUUGCAUGACCCUCUAUAAUCGUCCUCAGGUCUGCUAUACACCAGAAUUACAACCCGAAUGGCUCAUAGCUCUUGUAUGCAUAUUCAUUGGCUGCAUAUGCAUUACCACCACAGUGAUAUUAUUGGCCUCCAGUACUUGGGAUCGCAAUGUCAUACCAUAUGCCCGCUGGGUUGGAUUCACCGCUAUGGUAUUAUUUUGUAUGGCAGCUGUUGUAUUUCCUCUAGGUUUUCACAUUGAAGAGAUUGGAGGUCAAGCUUAUCAAUUACCAAAUACAUAUAAGAUUGGUAUAUCUUACAUACUGUUUGUGUUGGCUCUAUGGAUUACUGUGGUGUCAGAGCUGUUCGCGGGCAAAGUAUGUUUGCCUCACUUUUAAAUUGGGGGCAAAGACAUAAGAAAUGAUCAAAAAUUGUAGAAAAAUGUUUCAAAAUUAGACUAAAAUUUUGUCAAUGGCUAUCAUAUACGAGUAUAUAGGAAUCUUUUUCUACUAUAUUCCAUUUUUUACAGAAAUCUCUUUUAGGCAUUUGGUUUUUCUAGUCUAAGCUUCAUGGUUAGAUGAUAAACUUUAAAUUUCCAAUUAGAAUUAACUCGAAUAUAUUAUGAAGUAUGUUUACACAAAUGAAUUUGCAUUUGUCUAUAGUUUGUUGUACAUUUAUAUAUUUAAAUAAUUAUAUUUUAUUCAGUUUCGAGAAUGUGCUCAACAUUUA